AAUAUGGUGGCACACUUCCCAAGACGAUCUACGCUGGUCGCAUUGGACUUGAAACAUUGCUCCGUCGGCUCGUCCUUGGUGGCAAUUAUAAAAACAUCCGGCAGGUCACUGGGACCGCAACCGGUGUUUCGCGAAAUGCGUCCAAUGCCAACUCUAUCGACCGCGUGUCAGUCCGAACCGUAGACGGAAAUAUCGUCAACAUUCCAGCUGCACUCGUUAUCGGUAUGACCCCUCUCCUUUCUCCGUACCUAUCCUUUCUAAAUGGAGAUGCCUUAGAUUGUACAGGAUCCACUACAGCUGGCUUGAAGUGGCUCCAAAGGGAAGGCUACGGGUUCGCGGAUACGUAUGCGAAGAACCAGCUGCCCCUCGACGGGCUCAAGAUCGCCUAUGACCAAAAGCUUCGUUACUCGACGCUCCAAUUCCGCGUCCCUCCCGAGCUAGGCAGGAAGCUCCCCGGACUCCCUGUACCCUACGAUGAAUGCGGUGUAAUUUACUGCCUACUUGCGGACCCUGAAAAGGAGAAUCGAGGUGUGUAUUCUCAGCGGAUCGACGGGGACUUUAGUAGGUGGUUUUUCUUUGCGGGGCUUAAGUUGCUGAUCCCCUACUUGGAGUGCAAAUUUGUUUCGGUAUCGCUGGUGGAGAUAGGUGCAGAACUACCGAAGAAUCUCGAGGAGGGAAAAGUAUGGUGCCGAAGUCUGAUCACUGAGGUACCGAUUCCCGAGGGAUGGUUCGCUAUGCUGGAUAUGUUAGAGGAGGUGGAGGAUAGUAUGACUGGCAGCCAAGUCCGUUUUGCACCCUCGACGUGGAUUCGAUAUGAGAAAGCUGUCAAUCUGCCGUCGAAUUGGAUUGCUGCCGGGGACAGUGUCAUGAGGGUCAACCCUCUCCAUGGGCACGGAUGCUCGAAAGCUAUGUACGGUGCUAUAUGCCUUAAUCGGUUACUGCAAGACGUACAGUCGUCGAUACCUGAGGAUUUCUCUCAAAGGUACUUCCGUAUGCACGCGGCUAAGAUUGAGCCACUUUGGGAUACGACGAAAGUCGCCGACUACGCAUUCCCUUCGACAGUCCCCGUUCGGGGUGAGACACUCUCACAAGGCUCAUGGCUUCGCUGGUAUAUGAAGAGGUUGAUGACACUCUCCCUCACGGAUGCCCAAGCUGGCUCGGCAAUAUGGCACUUUCGAGUGCUUCUAGCUCCGUCUAUCGAUUUAUUGCAAUCGCGCCUUCUGCUCAAGGUUAUUUGGAACUUUAUCAAACACCCGUUAGCGUGAUGUGUAGGGCUAUCAGUAGACUAUUGUGCUGGAACCUCGUAGGCUUUGCGAAAUACAGUCUAGUAUGCACUGCUCAUCAAAUACACAUGUUUUUCCCGUAGCUAUGGUGACUCGAUGACUUUUCGACCUCCAAUCUCACUCUCAUUGAUCGAUCAUGCA